AUGAUAACACCAAGGCUAAGAAGGCUUUUGAUCCUGUCUUCAAUCAUUCUUUUCGUCAUAUAUUCAUUAGUUUCAGUAUCAUCAUCAUCAUCAAAAGAAUCAACAAAUUCUAAGAUAAAUAGUAUUCGUCAAAAUAUUUUUUCAUAUUUUAAUGAAAAUGAUAAUAAUUCAUUAUUAAGACAUAUAUCACAAUCUAAAAUAGAUCUUGGUGAUGAUUUAUUAAAUAAAGAAUUACAAAGUCAUAUUAAAGAUUCCAAGAGAAAUAAAAAAUCACAAAAUUUUUAUUCAAAAAUGUUUAAAAUUCUUAAUGAACAAAAAUUUAAAAUUCCUGCUUUAGAUCUUAUUGGUAAAGCAGAUUCUCGUGAUUCUGAAUUAAUUUGGAGUAAAAAAAAAUUAUCAGAAUUUUUAAAAUUAGAUCCAAUUCAAAUUGAAAAUUUACAAAAAAUUCAUCAAGAAGUUUUCAAUGAAUUACCAUAUAAAUUCCCCAAAGAUCUUUAUAAAGGUGAAGGUAUAGUUAUGAUUGGAGGUGCUCAAUUUUCAUGGUUAUCAUUAUUAUCAAUAAAAUCAUUGAGAUCAUUUGGUUCAAAAUUACCAAUAGAAUUAAUUAUACCAACUAUUGAAGAAUAUGAACAAGAAUUAUGUGAAAUUAUAUUACCUUCAUUAAAUGGGAAAUGUAUAUUAUUAGAUAAUGUAUUUGGUGAAGAAGUUAUGUCAACAAUGAAAUUUUCAGGAUAUCAAUAUAAAUCAUUAGCAUUAAUUGCAUCAUCAUUUGAUAGUAUAUUAUUUAUGGAUAGUGAUAAUAUAUUAGUUAGUAAUCCUGAUAAAUUAUUUUAUUCAAAACCAUUUAUAAAUCAUGGUAUGGUAUUAUGGCCAGAUUAUUGGUUAAGAACAACAUCACCAUUAUUUUAUGAUAUUGCAAAUAUUAAUAUUACAAAUAAAAGAGUUAGAAUGGGGAAAUGGCCAAUGUUAGAAUCUAAAAUUAUUCCAGAAAAUCAAUUAGACCAGGUUCCAUUACAUGAUUUAGAAGGUUCAAUACCAGAUUUAUCAUCAGAAUCAGGACAAUUAAUGAUUAGAAAAUCUGAUCAUUUAAAAACUAUAUUAUUAUCAUUUUUUUAUAAUCUUUAUGGACCAAAUUUUUUUUAUAAAUUACUUUCACAAGGACAAAGUGGUGAAGGUGAUAAAGAUACAUUUAUUGCAGCAGCAAUUAAAUCAAAUGAAAAAUUUUAUCAAGUUAAAUCAGAAAUUCAAUCAUUUGGUUGGUUUGAUGAUGGGAAUUUUCAAGGUGUUUCAAUGGGACAAAGAUCACCAAUUGAAGAUUAUGAACAAUAUGAACGUUUAUUAUUAAAUUCUAAAAAUGAAAAUUUUAAAGGAUUUGAAGAAAAUUUUGAUACAAGAUUAGCUUCUGUUUUUACUGUUCAUGCAAAUUUCCCAAAAUUUAAUCCAUAUUUAUUAUGGAAAGAAAAUAAAUUAAAAAAUUCAAAAGGUGAAGAAAUUAGAUUAUAUUCAGAUAUUUCAAAAUUUUUAGUUGAACCAUUUGAUUUUGAAUUAGUUCAAUACAAGAGAAUGAAAUCAUUACUUUGUGAUUUAAAAAUUAAUUUAAAAUAUUUUGAAAAUGUUGAUAAAGAAUCAAUUUGUAAAUUUAUUGAUAAUCAUAUAGAUUUUUUGAUAAAGAAUCCAGUGACUUAA